CUCCUCCAGCUCCAUAAACGCCCGGAUGCAAACCUGCAGCGCGAGACAGGACAACAUGGUCGCUUCACCGAGCAGUGUGUGAAAGGCGCGUGCUGGAAUCUCAGCCUGUGUCUCCGGGACAAAACGCGACCUUUUCUUCAUUCUAGUCUUUCAUUUCUAGCUGAAGACUUUUUGGUCAACGGGACACGAAGGGAGCCAAACAAUGGAAUGUCCUCUCCUGCCUGCUUUGCUCACAGCUUCAGAGACUUCAGAGGUUAAACGGCUUAGUUAGCAGUGUACCUCUUCCCAGAACACAAGCAGCCAGGGGAAGAAGAGCGUCACACAAAAAAGAAAGGGAAUUUGUUCCUUUAAAAAAACAAAACAAACCGUCUUACUUUGUUUAAUUUAGCGCUCCAGAGUUGUUUCAUUUUAUCUCAAUCCAGUUUAAGACCAGACACCAUGGUGGAUUUAACAGAGUACCUAUGGAUGGUUGUAAUUGGCUUCAUCAUUGCCUUCAUCCUGGCAUUUUCAGUGGGAGCCAACGACGUAGCGAACUCCUUUGGCACAGCGGUGGGCUCUGGGGUGGUCACUUUGCGCCAGGCCUGUAUCCUGGCUUCCAUUUUUGAAACACUGGGCUCCAUGCUCCUUGGUGCCAAAGUGGGUGAGACCAUUCGGAAGGGGAUUAUAGACGUCAACUUGUACAAUGAAACGGUACCGAUCCUGAUGGCAGGCGAGGUCAGCGCCAUGGUCGGGUCGGCAGUUUGGCAGCUCAUUGCCUCAUUCCUUAGGUUGCCCAUUUCUGGAACCCAUUGUAUAGUGGGCUCUACUAUCGGCUUCUCUAUGGUGGCCAUUGGCACCAAAGGAGUACAGUGGAUGCAGCUAGUCAAAAUUGUUGCCUCCUGGUUCAUCUCUCCUCUGCUGUCAGGCCUCAUGUCUGGCCUUCUCUUCUUUGUCAUCAGAUAUUUAAUUCUUAAUAAAGACGAUCCUGUUCCAAAUGGACUCCGUGCUUUACCCCUCUUCUAUGCCUCAACUAUUGGCAUCAACACAUUCUCCAUCAUGUACACAGGAGCUCCCUUGUUAGGACUGGAGAUGCUCCCAGUGUGGGCCAUCGCCCUCAUCACCCUGGCCGGCUCUCUGGUGUGUGCUGCCUUGGUCUGGAUCUUUGUCUGCCCCUGGAUGAGAAGGAAAAUCGCAAGUCGACUGAAGAAAGAGCAUGUUCUCUCACGCAUUUCUGAUGAGAGUCUGGAUAAGAUUCCAGAGGAAGAAGAGGAGGCUCCGGUGUUUAAAGAGCUUCCAGGGGCAAAGAGUAAUGAUGAUUCUGAACUGCCCUUGACUAGGGAAUCCACCGGUGAGCUGAACAGCCUGGCCAACGGUGGCACCGUCCUUCCUAACGGCCGGGUGUAUGGUCGCACUCACUCCAUGACCAACGGCUGUCUAAAGUCGCCGGUGUCCAACGGAAGCUUUGCUUUUGAUGGACAUGUGCGCAGUGACGGUCAGGUGUACCACACUGUGCACAAGGACUCUGGUCUCUACAAGGAUCUGUUGCACAAGAUCCAUGUCGGCCGGCUGGAGGAAGAGCGGCCUGAAGUCAGCCACCGGGUCCUGCGCCGCAACAACAGCUACACAUGCUACACUGCGGCCAUCUGCGGUAUGCCCGUACAGCCCCUACGGCGCUCAGAGUCCAAUGCUGCAGCGCCUCCUGAGGACAGCGAGAAGCUGGUGGGUGAGAGCGUCACCUAUUCUAAGAAGCGCGUCCGUUAUGACAGCUACUCUAGCUACUGCAAUGCUGUGGCCGAAGCUGAAAUCGAGGCAGAGGAGGGGGACGUAAAACUUGGAUCCGAGAAGCUUGAAUCACUGCAAGGUGCAGAGGGGGUGCUGGAGGACUGCAUUGAUGAGGACAAAGAUGAGAAAGACAAGCCCCAGGUUUUUCUGCUCUUCCACUUCCUCCAGAUCCUCACUGCCUGCUUUGGAUCCUUCGCACAUGGUGGCAAUGAUGUCAGUAAUGCCAUCGGCCCACUGGUGGCACUAUGGAUGAUCUAUGACCAGGGUGGGGUGAUGCAGGACGCGGCCACUCCUAUCUGGCUGCUGUUAUACGGCGGCAUAGGCAUCUGCGCUGGCCUGUGGGUGUGGGGACGCCGUGUAAUCCAGACCAUGGGCAAGGACCUCACACCCAUUACACCUUCCAGUGGAUUCACAAUUGAGCUGGCUUCAGCGGUCACUGUUGUGCUGGCGUCCAAUAUUGGACUCCCUAUCAGUACCACACAUUGCAAGGUGGGUUCAGUGGUAGCUGUUGGUUGGCUGCGUUCACAGAAGGCUGUAGACUGGCACCUCUUCCGGAACAUUUUCCUGGCUUGGUUCGUCACUGUUCCUGUAGCAGGCCUGUUCAGCGCCGCCGUCAUGGCCCUGAUGAUCUACGGCAUCAUGCCUUUUGUAUGAGGGCAAGGACCAGAGAUGGAGAGAAUUAAUGUAAGGUGAUCGAGGAGGCGACAGAAAAAUUUUUAAGACCAGGAGAUGGUAAGAUGGAAGGACGGAUUAAAAGAGUUGAUAGGGGACAGCCAAAGAGAGGGUGUUUAAAAAGCUGUCUAGAAUUGCAUCUAGAAUCUGUCCUUAACUAUUCUCUACAAAUGUAUCUUUUUUUUUUCUGUUUUAGCUGUUGUAAUGUUACUGAACCCAGUAGGUCUCAUGUCUCAUCUGUAACACAAUGAAGCAGUAACAAAAUAAGUUUCUCAUACAAAAGUGAUCAUAUCAAUAACAUAUGGUAAAGGGUGCGAAUACAUGAGCAUAUGCACAGAUCAGCACAUAUGAACCUUAUCUAUAUACACACACACACACACAAAGUACCACACACUGUACCUAUACAAGAUAAAAAGUUGUUUCAUACAGCACCACAGAGCACAGUUUAGAUCAGCAUCAUUUUCAAGCACAAAGCAUUGAUGAGCUACGUCACUUAUUUGCUAUAUGAGGCUUUAUUUAAUCUGAAAUGUACACUGUAUGAGUUGCACAGCUGCAGUAUUUUACAUCCACUCAAAAUGACAAACUGGUGAUGUAAAUGUAGGUAAACUGUUGAUCACUGGAGGCCACACAAGGUCUUCACUGUAGUAGCUGCUGUACUGUAUCUCUUGGAACUUUGACUUAGGGUCCCUAAAAAUCAGCUAAAUGUAAAUAUUGUGUUAUUCAUCAUACCUCAAACCUCUGCCGUUUAAAUAAAGCUAGUGCGUCAAAAUAUGAGGAGGAUGGAGUAAAACACUAUAAAUCUGAUAUAUGAUUCAGUGUUAGCUCUUAUCAUAUUUAUUCAGAUUAUUUUUCAUCAAAGUUUAUUUCAAAGAAUAUAACGUAAACAACAAAACACUCUUAACAGUGUGUGCUAACAUUUCUUCUGUAAAUAUUUUCUGCAAUAGACAUUGGAUAAGCUCUUUAUUUAGUCGCCAGACAUCACAGAAACUACAGUGUGGAGAUUAAGCUUUGACACCUCAGUCACAAGCUACUGACCGUUACUAAUGAAAAAGAAAUGGACAUAACAUUUCUAACCAAGAGCUGUAACUCCAAAACACCAUUUUAUAUGAUUUUAGAUAAGCUUUUAGAUCGGCCCAGAUAUUCUGAUAUUGAAUAUCAAAAUUGAACUAAGAUUCAAUCCCUGCCCAGUAAUUUGUAAAAGUGCCAAUGAUGCUGCACACCAGAUUGUACCGCUCUCUAUAAAAGUCACAUUUCAUUUCUAAAUCACUAGAAUAGGAACAAAAUACUGUAUGUAUUAUAAAAUGACAUUUAGGCACUUUAGGUUAGAUUUUUAUUAUCCAAAAGAUGAUGUAUUAAUGUUGUUGCACUGACGUGAUGGCUAUUGGAUAAAAAGAUUCUGGCCCUAUGCACCAAGACCUCUAAGCAAUACAGCAGGUGCCUCAAUCAUUCUCUUUAAAUUUUCACCAAAGAUAAACUCCGGAUCCAUGUAGUCCCAGUUACACUUCAAAGCAUUCAGUAAUUUUGUCUUUAGUCUCCCAUUUCAUUAUUUGAAAAGCCAAACAAAGUAUCUGUAUACAGUAUUUCUAUUCAAGGUAACGAGGCAUGCCAACAGAACCCAAAAAUGCCAUCAUAUGUGCAAGUAUAGCCAAAAUCUAAGUACAGUGCAUUGCACCAGCACAUAACUCAAAUCCACGCACACACACACCAGCAGUAUAGAUAGGUGAGACUCUUUCAUUAUAGCAUCACUAAAUUUAAGCCACAACCUGGCCAUGAAGUCAGUGUCAAAGUUAACUGGAUACUCCUUUACGACCAUCGUAUUUUGUAUGUGUUUUGGUGCUGGUCUAAAUUACACCUUAAUGCUCUGUCUAAAGAUUGUGGCUUUGAACCAAUGCAAAGUGUUAACUUGGUUUUUUCCUUGUGAGUGUAUUAUACUUUGUUGUUGUUUUUGGUUUGUUUUUAUCUCUCAUCAUGAACAAAUCUAUGCUUCGGUGACCAUUUGCCUUGUAAUAUUGUGCUUUACUGUUUGUCGAAUACAGUAACUUCAUUACUGUGGUGUUUACAUUGUCACACGUAGGUAGAAAUAACUCAUUACUGUUGCCUAAAAAUGACAAACUAUUUACUACAAAAUGAUGUAUAAGAUAUACAGGAAUAGUGAGGUGUCUCGUCAUUUCGUGUUUCAGUUUGUAGGCGGUGUGAAUUCUGAUCAUGUUACUUUUACACUGCUAUACAUAGUUAAAAAAAUAAAAAAAUAUAUAUAAGGGUGGGUGUGAUUUAAAAAAAAAAAAAAAAUAAUCAUUAGAUAUAUAUCAUUCAGACUAUAUUUUUCUACAUAUCUGAGUUUUACCUUGAGUGCUGAAUUUUGGAGAGAGAACUUGGCUAAAAUGAGUCCUAGCAGAACUUAUAUUGAGAAAUGGAUCUAUAUACAGUAUGUACUAAUAUAACGUUCUCUCACUUAAUGCAAUAUGUAACAGUAUCAUUCAGGUAAGGGUUUAAUAUACUGUAAAAUGGUCUUGGAGAGAUUUCCAUGUGUCCAUUUUCACCAGAAUUCUGUCCCUUCUUUGUAAGCGUGGUGGCUUAUUGUUCAAAUUCAACAAUGUUAACGAUUAUUUCAGCAAACUAGUGGUGCCAUUGUUUAGGCAAGGCAGUUUUUGAUGAAUUUCACUUACAGAGCAGCAGAUGAUUUCGUUUUCAGCAGUUCUCUUUAUCACUCAAACUUUAACGUGUGAGCAGUGAAACAGCAUAUGACCCGUGUUUUCUUGGGGAUGCAGUAGCGUAUGUGGCCACAGGAUGGCAGCAUUUAACCAUUGUAAACAUCCUUCAUUGCGUGCACGUACUAAUGGCUGUAUUUCAAAAAGCUUUAUAGAAAAAUCAAGUCCCUCUGAAAUGACUUAUCCAUUAUCUGUAUGAACCUAAUGUGAUCCAAGCUAAUAUGAAUUCAGGGUACAGUAUCAUAAGUGAAAUUGGACAAUGUGCAAAGUAACCAUCCAGUUAAGUGUGUAGAUAAAGGUUUCCAGUUUUGCUUGGCGUCGUAUCAUCAUUUUCUGUCAGUGGGUGUACUGAUUGCAUUUCAUAUUUGUCUUCUCAUUCACAUUGAAACUUAAAGCGAAUGUAGCCUGCUCCCCUGCUGAUGCCUGCGACGUGUUUUCCCUGUGCUGCCAUGCUGUAAAAUGUCUGUUUCCCUUUGUAAACAGGGCCAUAGACUUAAAAAUACUACCCUUAUCUGCGUAUGUACUGUAUUACUAGUUCUAUUUCUUUUUGGAAAUUUUGUGAGAGUUGUCUGCAUUUUGAACUAAUUAAAUUAUGGGAAUUAAAAUGAGAGAAUUACA